AGAGGGCGCGCCAGCUCCCGGACUCUACCAUUCGCACAGAGACGGCGGGGGAGUGAGAGAUCUCGGUGCAGACUCUGUCGGAAAAGUCCGGGUCAAAGCUGCUUUUGGCCUGAAGGGAUUCGAGUGAGACACCGAUCCGAGAGGGGGGCUCCCGGGAAACUGUGAAUCCAGAGCCGGGGUGUGGGAAGGAACGGCGGAGGGGUGGGGUGAUCCGCAGACACCACCCCUCUCUCUACAAUGUGGGUCAGGUUGUGAAUUGUCACUGUUUGCAAACAACUUUCCGACCUGGCCAAAGCAAAUGAAACUGAAAGAGCGAUGACAGUGUCGAGCUGGAUAAACGCAGUGGGUGCGGUGCAUCUUAGGAGCACAAACACAUUUCAGGCCGAGACAACAGAAACUGCUUUGUGCUUUUCACCACUUUCUGAAGAACCAGGACAUUUUGCUGCGAUUUGGACGGUGGGGGCGCCUCUUGAUGACAGAUGCAAUUUAUUAGGGGAACAACACAUUUCCCAGCGAACAGGGAACCCAGCGGGACAUUGCAUCAACGGCUCCGAUAAUGGACAGUCUGCGCUUCCUCUAACAUGGAGUUUUACAAAGUGUUUCUCAGCAGCUUCUCGGUCUCCUGUCGGUGUCUGGCCCUGAUCCUGAUCCCAGUCCGGGUCCCGGGAAAGGAGAUGCAGGGACAUUGCUCACAGAAACCGCUCCCCCUGCUGCUCCUGCUGAGUGCUGUUUCUGCUGUUUCAGGUGACUCGCCUGUGUCAGUUUCUGGAUUCCUUGGAGAGCAGGUUGUACUGCCCUGUAUCUACAAAGGGAAAAUCCCAGUCUCUGAUUUACUGGUCAUCUGGGGGAGACGCAAGACGGAAAUUGUACACAAGUUUGUCUAUGGAAACGAUAAUUUGAGAGAACAAGAUACACAGUUCAUAAACAGAACAAACCUGUUCAAAGAUCAGCUGGAAAAAGGCAACUGGUCAGUUCUGAUCUCUGACCUCAGGGAGACAGACCAGGAUGAGUAUCAGUGCCAGAUUUUCCGGAACACGACUGUAGGUGUAUAUUGGGAGCAAACUGAAAUUGUUCAUCUCUCAGUAAAAGAGCGAGCUCCUACAGCUGGACCAAACACAACUGUACCAGGUCCUGGAAUCUCCACUGGAGCAAGAGUUGGAUUGGGAAUCGGGAUUGUUGCUGUUUUUGUUGUUGUUGUACUUGUGGUUUAUAACAUUCGGAAGCGAAAAAGGUGGAAUGAAAACAAAAGCUGUCAUCAAGACCCUUCGAAUGAUCUGCUUGAACCAAGUGAAAUGGAGGUGCUGUCACCCGAUCAUGCAGACACAGCGAAUGGAGAAUGAGCCCCUGGGCUGGGGGGUGGCUGCAGCUGAGUUGCUCUAACCCUGUCUCUGAAUUAGCUCAUUGCAGUAGCUGUUUGGUGAUUGCCAUUGGAGAGGCUGAGAUCAGCAAUGACUUACCAACGUCCAAGUCUGGACCACCAACACAAUCCCAUACAGUUACGCCGCGGUUUUCACAAAGUCAGACCCAUUCUGGAGGCUGUUAAAAACUGGCUGGGCAGAUCGGAAUCCUUGAUUCCAAUCCCAGCAAUUUUUAAUCCUGCACCCUGCACUCACCACCUCGCCAUCUCCGCUGGGGGGGGACAGUCAUCUUCAACCCCAUGGAAUUUUUAGUGGAGUUGAUGAUUGAUAUUUGACGGAUGCUGUGAACUUUAAGCUGCAUUAGAAACCUUAAGUUUGAAAGCUAUUAUCCCACGCCUUCUCCAUCCUGCUCGCUCAGUCCACACUCUGUACUGAACCAGUUCACCGGAUAAUAAUGAUGCCAAGCUUUAAAUGAUGAUUGCAAAGAAUUAGAAAUCUGCUUUGAUAAAGAACUGCUAUUCUUACAACUCUGACAUUGUCAAUUCGACAGCAGAGCCACUUUAUUGUCAGAAGCUUUCCCUCAUUUCACACCCUCUUAACCUUGUCCAAUUGAGCCUAUAGAUGCUGAAACAACACAUCAAAAUCAAUGAAAACAUACUUUAGUCCAACAUAAUAAACCCUGGCUGAGCUCAUCAACUGGUGACUCUUAGAGUUCAGCUAAGCAUUCAGAAUGAGGCCUUCUGGAGAAACUGAGUUGCCUGACAAUCUGUUUCAUCUCCUUUCCCUACUUUUGCCAGCCACAGUCUCAGGAACAUGCAGAACCACCUUUCACUGUGUGGAUCAUCAGUCACACCAUGUGCUGAUCUGUGAAAAGGUAACUUCCAGAAUGUUCCAUGGACAUUGUGACCAAGUUCUCAAAACUGGUAUAAAUUAUUGAGUUACUUUCCAGAAGAAAAUCAAAAUGACCUGAAAGAGAUGUUACAAUCACAUAGGGAGAUAUGUGGAAAUAAACUGGGAAGGGCGAAUCCAGCUCUGCAUGAUGUCCAAUUCAGCAACAUCCUAAUAGACUUAGCGCUGUAAGGGUGAUACAGGUUCGAGAAGAGAUUGAAAGCACACUCAAAGACAACACAAUCAAUCAAAGUGAGUUACAGAGACUGGAGCUCACCCAUAGUCAUGAUGCCAAAACCCAAUGGUCCCCAGCAAUUAUGUGUGGACUAUUGCAAUGUCUAUGCAGUUACAAAGUCUGAUUCAUGACCUGUUCUGCAUUUGGAAGACUGCAUUGAGAAAGUGGGAUGAGCAACCCUUAUUUGUAAGUUGGACUUACUCAGAGGAUAGUGUCUGGUACUUCUAUACAAAACAACAAAAACAAGUUUGGAUUUCAUGCCACUGAAUGAACUAUAUCAAUUUAAAGUCAGGCCAUUUGGUCUGAAAAAAGUGCUAGCGACAUUUCCGAGACUAAACAGUUAAGACAUUUCCAGAUUACCCAUUUGCCUGGUGUACAAUGUCAACCUGGUGGUUUUUCAUCAAACACGGAAGGAAUAUUUGCAGCAUUUAUCUGAAUUAUUUGAUCAAUUUCAGGAGCCAGGCUUGGUGAUAAACCUGGCUGAGAGUGGAUUCACCAAAGCCCAAUUCACAUUUUUGGGUACUGUUACUGGACAUGGACAGUUGGCCCCAUGCAUUGUGAAAACAAAGUUUAUUGGCGGGUUUCCCA